AUGUCGGUUACAAUCGACAGUGGACCACAUGAUGGGCCAGACCGCAUUGUCCCCGAAAGUUCUCCUAACCGUUCAUUUGGAGAGCGUAUACACUCCACCGUAAGGGCUUUCACUACAAAAGAUGGAUGGGUCGGGAACUAUGAUUAUGCAUUUCUCUUCAAACCCAAUCUUCCCUUCAUGAAGAAAUCGACAAGACGAGCACCAUUCUUUGGCCUUCAAGAUCGCAUGCCAGUUCUGCUAGGUCUCCUCCUUGGAUUUCAACAUGCUCUCGCUAUGUUAGCGGGUGUUAUUACACCUCCUAUUCUCAUAGCCGGAUCGGCAUCCUUCGACACGGAAACAACUCAAUAUCUUGUCUCUACCUCUCUCAUCGUAUCGGGUAUAUUAUCCGCCAUCCAGAUCACUCGGUUUAAGGUUAUUAAAACCCCUUAUUAUAUUGGCACGGGCUUAAUUUCAGUUGUUGGUACUUCGUUUGCCAUCAUACCGGUUGCUUCGAAAGGCUUUGCACAAAUGUACGCAAAUGGUAUGUGCAAAACGGCAGAUGAUGGAACUCCAUUGCCUUGUCCGGAAGGUUAUGGUGCGCUCCUUGGAACGGCUUCGUUAUGCGCACUUCUCGAAAUAGGACUCUCGUUCAUGACACCGAAACUUCUUAAGAAACUUUUCCCUCCGAUUGUUACGGGCCCAACUGUCAUGCUCAUUGGUGUAUCGCUUAUUGAAACGGGAUUGCAAGGUUGGGCAGGUGGUAGUGGAACUUGUAUGUCAAGACCAACUACAGGAGAUUAUAUGCUAUGUCCCUCCAAUGCUGCCCCACACGCUCUUCCAUGGGGAUCUGCAGAAUUCAUCGGUCUUGGUUUCUCGGUUUUUAUUACUAUCAUCCUUUGCGAACGAUUCGGUUCUCCUAUUAUGAAGUCACUCGCCGUUGUCCUCGGUCUCUUGGUAGGUUGCAUUAUCGCUGCAGCAUGUGGAUAUUUCGACAGUAGUGGAAUUACUGCAGCCCCAGUCGCAUCAUUCAUCUGGGUUAAAACUUUCCCUCUGAGCGUAUACGGGCCUUUCAUAUUACCUCUUCUAGCCAUCUAUCUCAUUUUAAUGAUGGAAGCCAUUGGCGACAUUACCGCUACAUGCGACGUUUCUCGACUUCAAGUCGACGGAAAACUCUUCGACUCUCGUAUCCAAGGCGGUGUUCUAGCUGAUGGGCUUAACGGAAUGUUAGCAGGUCUCUGCACAAUCACACCCAUGUCAACUUUUGCUCAAAACAACGGUGUAAUCGCUCUCACACGUUGUGCCAACCGCAAAGCCGGCUUCGCAGCAUGUUUUUUCCUUAUCAUCAUGGGUGUCUUCGCUAAAUUCGCAGCGGCCAUUACAUCAAUCCCCGACGCAGUCCUAGGCGGCAUGACAACCUUCCUCUUCGCCAGCGUAGCUGUAUCCGGUCUCCGCAUUAUUUCCACCGUCCCAUUUACCCGUCGCACGAGAUUCAUCCUCACGACAUCUCUAGCGCUAGGAUAUGGAGCCACGCUCGUCCCAACGUGGUUUUCAUACGUCUUUACGUAUUCUGGGGAUAAUAAGGCUAAAGCGGGAUUUUUCGAUGCUAUUGUUUUGGUUCUUGAAACAGGAUUUGCGGUCGCGGCGUUUGUGGCUGUGGUUUUGAAUUUGGGGUUGCCGGAGGAGAGUGAGGAUGAGGAGAUUGAGAGUUUGGCGGGGGAUUUGGGGGAAAGGGAGAGGGAGGAGAGGGAGUUGGAGAUGGAAUUGGAGAUGGAGGUUAGAGGGGAGAGAGGGGUGGAAGGGGGGAGUUUUGAAAUGGGGAAGGCAGAGGUGGGGAGGGAGGGGAAGUGA